AUGACAGGACAAAGUUCGGGUUAUACCAAAGGUGCCUACGGUGGAGUUAGCCAAGAAGUCGGCGGUGGGACUGGAACUACUGUCCACGGAGGAACCUAUGGAGCCAAGCAUACUGGAGAGCAUAAAGAUAGAAAACCUUUCUGGCCAUAUUUGACUAUCGUUCCCCUUUUUACAGUUGUAGGUUAUUUUAUUG